UUUGAAUUAUUGUUUGCAUUUGAUCUGCAAUGGUUGACAAGGACGCUGAAUGUGGUGUCUGAGUCAUAUGUAAGUUGCUUCUGGUCUUUGAAUCGCUGUUUGCAUCACUCGCUGGUGUUGUAUUAUAACUGAAGUAUGACACUAAGAUAUGGAUAGUAUUUGCAACCAUUUCGAGACGCUAUAGCCUUUUUUAAGGAAGUGCAUUGUAUCUUUUGGAGAGAAGCUGUUUUUGGCCUAGGCAGACGGAGGUAAAUAGAGACUAUUUUCGUUUGCAACGAACUCACAUUCGAAGGGUUUGCUUGGAACUACAAUUGAAUUUAUUUAUUUUAAGAUUGUUUUUUCUCUGAAGUCUCAAUGUUGUAGAAAAGUUGCAACUGGAACUCAGAGCUACGUCAAAAAAAACCGGGAAAGUGAACAACAUUAGCAUAUGAUAUAGCCAUAAGUCGAGCUCUGAAACCGAGGGCUAAAAACGGAAUAGCAACUUGUGAAGCACUUUAUGCUGUUCAAAAAUGCUCCAGAUCGGUUAUAUCGUGAGCCACUUGAAGCUUUUUGUUCUACUUCUAACUCUGAAACAGCAAUCGCUUCUUUUGAAUGCGAUCUCUGUAGAAGAUCAGUGCCUCAAUAGCCCUUGUCUGAAUGGAGGGUUUUGUAGAACAGUUUCUGACGGUUUCGUCUGCACAUGUGUUAAUGGAUUCAUUGGGCUCAGAUGCGAGAAACGAUCAGAUGAGUGCCCCCUGAUAGAAUCAAUAAAGUGUAUCAAUGGACAUUGUAGACGUGACUCUCAUGGCACUCCAAAAUGUGAAUGUAAUGCCAAUUUUGGUGGGAAGUUCUGUGACCAAAGUCUCAACACAUGUGAGCAUACCACUUGUAAUGGGGGCUCUUGUCUAGAUUCAUCCACUGGCUACAAAUGCACUUGCCCAUCAGGGUCAAUUGGCAAGAACUGUCAAAUAAACCCAACAAAAACCAUACAAUGUCUGGAGAGCUGUCAGGAUAAUGUACCUGGAUCUCUUGGUAGGAAAUGUUGGCACAACCAGUCUGAAACGAUCAAGGUAGGAUGGGGGUACAAACAACCACUUUGCAGCACAAGAGAAUCUUGUUUUGAUGUGAGCAACAGAAGUACUGACUUUAUUGAAGUGCAGCUUAAGCCAAUCCAGGUUCAACCAGAUGAUACUUUGGUUUUUUUAACAGAUGUUGAUGCUGCUCUAUACAAUGAUCAAUUCGUACCUCAUAUCAUUCCAGUUGAAGCAUCAUCUUCAGAUGCAUUUACAGCAUGCAACACAAGCAAUGCAAUACCAUUAGCUAACUACAGUUGGGGUGCUCCUGGUGAAAUGAAAGUUAAUGCUUCAUUUCUCCACUUGGGGACCCAAUAUUUCAUUGCAAAUGUCAACUCAUUGCACAGAUGUGAGUUUGGCCUUCGUUUGAAUGUUUCUGUCAAGGAAAAUCAUUGUUUUGAUCCUUUAAAGCCUGGAGCAGAAAUGUGCAAUGGACAUGGUAACUGCUUAACUGAUUUUUCCAAGAAAGCAUAUGAAUGCAAUUGCUGUGAGGGUUAUGCUGGGCAAUAUUGCCAGGAUGAAGAUCCAUGUUACAUAGCUCCAUGUAAAAACAAUGGUGUAUGCAAUAUUGUAAAAGAUACAGAUGGCAAAACCACAUUUAGGUGUAAAUGUGCAGAAGGAUUUUUGGGUUUUGACUGUAGCAGAACAGUUGAUCAUUGUGAGAGCUCCCCUUGUCUCAAUGAAGGAACAUGCUCCUCAAAGAGCAAUGCCUUUAAUUGCACAUGCAUCAAUGGCUAUUUUGGUAGCAGGUGUGAAAAGACAGAUGACCAAUGUGCUAGCAAUCCUUGUCAGAAUGGUGGGUCUUGUGUCGAUGGAGAUGAUACUUUUACAUGCAAUUGCAAAGCUGGUUUUAAAGGUACAGCUUGUGAAGUAAAUAUCAAUGAGUGUGAAUCAAAUCCAUGCCACAAUGGAACUUGCAUUGAUGGUUUGAACCAGUUUCAGUGUCAUUGCAAUCCAGGCUAUGCAGGUGCAACAUGUAACACUGCAUUACCCAAAUGUGCCAAAGAUCCUUGUGUUAAUGGUGUUUGUGUUGCGAAAGGAACUUCUCUGAGUGUAGCUGUGGUAUUGGCUUUGCUGGUCAGCAUUGUGAUCAACUUAAGCCUUUGCCAAAACUCAAUAUUUUGCCUGGAUGAUACUUCGCUUGGUUGUAUUGAUCAUGGUAACAGUGUAACCUGCAGAUGUAGUGAUGGCUAUACAGGUUCAAAUUGUGGAGUUAACAAGGAUGAUUGUGUCUCAAACCCCUGUUUGAAUGGUGGCAAAUGCAUUGACAAGGUCAAUGGAUUUCAGUGCCUCUGUUCGAAAGGAACAAAAGGAGAGAUGUGUGAAGUCUUAGAUUUGACUACCACCAAGCCAGUUUAUACGGAUGUUAAGAGCAAGCACGUGACCACAAAGAAUGCUCAAACCCAAACAUCUCCACAAGACUUGGUUCUCGUCACACUUGACCUGAAAAUUGUCACCGACAGUUGUGCUAAGCUACAGGAGGAAUCAAAGCUCGUAAUAUUCUCAAGAUCCGUGCUGGAAAGCCUUCGUGAUGCUUGCAAAUGUGUGCUAUCACUCAGAAGUUCUUCGAUUGAAUGCAAAGACGAACUUAAUGGAAGGUUUGUCACCAAACUUGUUGUCAAAAGCAGAGAGGAAGCAAAAAAGGCCAUUUGUUCGUUCAACGAGAAAAUCAAGCAAGGCUCGUUGCCAACAAGUGAUAAAAACACUUAUAUUGUUGGUAUAAACUUGGACGUUAGCAGCUGCAGCAAGAAAAAGAAUGAUGUUGAUGAUAAGAAACCUGUUCAUGUUGAGAAGUCUGUGUUUGACAAGGACAAAAGAACAGGUAUCAUCAUUGGUAGCGUCGCUGCUGUCGUUAUCAUCAUAGCAUCAUGUUUGAUUCUUUCUGUUAAAUUCCGAAACAGACAAGUACACCAAGCAAAAGGUGACGAAGUGAAGACAUAUUUGAACCUUGUUUAUCAAAGUGAUCUGGAUUUGAUUGCACCAAAGAGCGCAUGGAGCACACCCGAGCAGACACCGGAGCUCGAACGGACCCACUUGAAAUACGCCAUAAAAAAACCAUCAAAGAGGAUACAAGAAUCUUCGUUCUCAUUCGAAAACCCUGGUGGUGAAACAUCUUCAGUUUAGCAUUUUUAGCCUGAUAGACAUUAUACGCUUUGUUUUAACAAAAGAACAAUCUUCGAAAAUUUUCCAUUAGAACCCAGGCUCCUUUCAAUGAACGUCAGAUCCUUUCCAGGAGAUCCUUUCGAUGAACGUCAUUUUUUCUAGAUAUAAGUCCUUUCUUUUUUAUCAAGGGUGAUAAAGAUCAUCAGCUGCUGCUCCAUAUCUCCCAGAAAGUGUCUUUGCGGUCGAGGGGCAAAUCACUCCAAGAAAAUAUCGUACACCUUUUGUGAAAAUCCUAUUGUUUUCUCUGAAAUCCUUUUGUUUUAGGGAAAAUCUCGUACGCUAUUUGAAAGGGUGAAUUGCCCCUCGUUUGCAGUUUUGGAAAUAGCAACAUUGAAAUUGGCCUAGUUUCUAAAAGUAAGAGACCCUCCUUUUGCCUUUUGUCUCCCGAGGUACCUUAACACAAAUAGGCCCUUUUUUCGAGGCUGAUCGAGGCUUCAAGGAAAUUAAAUCAUGGCUAAAGACUUGAGAGGCCUGGAACAAUUUAUAUAUAGAACUUCUGAAUCAUGAUUGUUUACAUAGGAAAACAGCUUAAAGAGCUUCAAUCUAAAGUGAAAUAUAGAUAUGACCAGAAGAUGUAGCUAUGAGAUAAUGUACUGACUUUCGUUGCUGAAAACUAUAGUUGUAGAUAUUGCAUAUGCCACCAGUAGUUGCCAAUGUCGCAUCGAAGGAUAGUACUUGUAAAUUCAUAUUUAUUCGUCGUCUUAGGUUGACUCUUUGUUGCAACCCCUGCCAAAAGUCCUUGUAACUAUUACGUGAUUUUGAAAGGAUUUAGAAUUCACGAAAAAGGAACUGAAGUACUGUACCCCAUUUGAUCUCAAUGCAGAUUGUAGUUUCAAAUACUAUAAAUGUCCUGUGGGUUCCAACUAGAUAACACUAAGGCUCUGAAGAUGAUAUGCAACAGCAUAUUUUCGCGGGGGUCAAGGAGAUGUCAAGAAUCUGCAAAAGUUAGUGUAAUGUCCCAAGUCAAGCGUUGUGCCUGUCAUGCAGUGAAAGAAUGCUAAACGUCCAUGUGAUCUGCCUUGUAUUCUCCAGUGUGAUAUGAAUCUUUUUUGUAUAAAUUGCACAAGUAGUUAACAUUAAACAGUAAAUGUAAGAUAAAUUAUAAUCAUAGAAAAUAGUUUGGGUUUUGGUAAUUGACAUCUUUUCGAAAUGGGUACCGUAUUUGUGAUUUUCAAGAAAAUCUCGUAAAAGCACACCUGUAUACUAUUUGAUUGUCUUAAAACUUGAUUUUUAACGGAAAGAAUGAUUUGUAAGUUUUAUUGUCAAUUGAUACAGUAUUGUAAA